AUUAAGCAUUAAUUAAAGUUAGUUAAAUUCUGUAUUCAAGAGUAAAAGUGUGAACAAUGAAUCAUUGUCUGUUGAUUGUGCACAUACUUAUUUCACAGGUACAUUUGUGUAUGUCUGUCGGGGAUGUUUUGACAUGUGGCACACCUCCUGUGUGCUGUCCACGAUACCAAAAUGACUUAAAGCACAAUCUUUGUUCUAAGUGUUUGUCAGGAUAUCAAGGACCUAACUGCAGCUACGCAUGUCGAUAUCCGAACUACGGCGAUGAUUGUCAGUCAUUUUGUGACUGUGUUGAACUACAAUGUGAUCAUAUAACGGGAUGCAGACAAUUAAGUGAGCUGCACAAUUGUACGACAAAGAAUCCACACAUGACUGACCGAUCUAACAGCAGAAUGAUGACCAUCAGUGUCUGUAUAUUGAUGGGUGUUUUUAUUCUCAUCAUUGGAUUUUAUUUCAAAGUCAAGUCUAUGCAGUCUACAUAUUUAACGUACUCUCUCCAAUUUCGAGAGCAAAAUACCAACAAAAUGUCUGAUACUCGGUUACUUUCAUCUAACGUAUAACCGUUUAACACUAAUAAAUUGAUUAUUCACUACAUGUUUAUACACUAUCACGUGUGUUAAUAUACAAUAAAAUCAUACAAAUAAAAUGUACAAGAAAAGGACUAACAUAUUGACAUCUAUGCAUAUCAAUUAUCACACUGGUAGAACGUGUUUUUUAUGUACAUAGUCUUUUUUCAACACAAAUGUAAAAUCAAUGUAUCAUAUAAAAUAUUGCGCAAACAAUUUAAAUGUUACAAACAAUUGAAGUGCUUUGUUACGUAGAUAUGGUUACUGUUAUUUUAAUAAAUAAACAUGGUUUAGAAAGACUUUUCUUUUCUAAGACAUGUAGUUUCAAGUGUAACUUAGCUGUGGAUAAUUAUAUCCAUUGCUAUUGCAUUAUUUCCGUAUUAUGUUUGAGUUAAAUUACUCAAAUAAAAUCAAAUUAUGAUCAUUGCAUACUUCUUUGGCUUGAAAAAGUUCCUUUCAUGUUAUAAUUGUUCAAAUAAAUAAGUUAAAACAAUGACUCUAUUUUAUGAAUAAGACAAAAUAAUGCUAAUAAAACACGAAAAAUAAGCGGAAAUAUGGCUUUUAUGAAUACGAAAAAAUAAUGCUGAUAAAACACGAGAAAUAAGCGGAAAUAUUGUAUUGCCAACACCAUUGCUAUAAAAAAAUUCACACCCUUAAGUUAAUAUAUAUAAAA